AUGGUUGAAUGCGGUGGUGGUAGUACAUCCCAGUACAAUAUGUCUAACUACGUCUCGUCGAAAGAAUUGACCAUUAUUCAAGCGCCGUUCUGCGGUGGGCAGGGGAAACCCGGGGUGGAGAAGGGUCCCAAGUACAUGUUGAAGAACGGGUUGCAAAGCCAGUUGGGUGAUCUUGGGUGGACCACUACUGUGGAGACGCCGUUGGAUGCCGCUGAGUUGAAACUUAUGAUGGAGAGGGAUGAAGUCACGGAUCAGUACAAGAGGUCUAAGAGACCCAACCUCGUGGGUGAUAACACAAAGAAGAUAUACCAUGCGGUGAAGAAGACUUGCAGUGAGGGGAAGUUUGCUCUGACACUCGGUGGGGACCACUCGAUUGCCAUUGGUACUGUCUCUGGUGCUUUGGCUCAGUACCCAGACUUGGGGCUUCUUUGGAUUGAUGCUCACGCGGAUAUUAACACUCUGGAGAGUACUAACUCGGGGAACCUUCACGGGUGCCCCGUGUCCUUCCUGUUGGGGCUUAACGACGAUUGUCCAGAGUCUCUGAAGUGGGUCCCCGGUGAUUUGAAACCGGAGAAGAUCGCUUACAUCGGGCUUAGAGACGUCGAUGACGCGGAGAAGAAGAUCAUUAAGGAUUUGGGGAUUAAAGCUUUCUCCAUGUACCACGUCGACAAGUACGGGAUCAACAAAGUCAUCGAGAUGGCUCUGCAGGCCGUGCACCCGGAGACCAACGGACAUGGACCCAUCAUGUGCUCUUACGAUGUAGACGCAGUGGACCCACUGUUUGUUCCUGCCACGGGGACACCAGUGAGAGGCGGGCUUACUCUGAGGGAGGCUCUGUUCCUAGUGGAGAGGCUCGCGGAGACCAAAGAUCUGGUGGCACUGGAUAUUGUAGAAUGCAACCCAGACCUUGCAGUAGACGAUAUCCACGUUUCAAAUACGAUCUCUGCAGGGUGCGCCAUCGCAAGGUGUGCCCUAGGUGAGACUUUGCUAUGA